GCGGCAGUCAAAAGUUAUGCCGGGCUGUAUGUGUCAAAAGCCGCGUACACAUCGCUUUUUUCACGUUCUUGUUUUACAAAAUAUUGUAGAUUUUAAGUGAAGCGUCCCACUUGAAAAUAGUGAAAAAUUGAAGAAUAGUGACUAUUCUUUUUGAAGAUAUUCAUAUUCCGUGGGAGUUGCAUCGAUUGAUUGCUGAAAAUGGCCUCCGCUGAGAAUACAGUGAACAAAGCCGCAGACAACGGCAAAAAGUUGAACGUUGGCAACUUGCCAGCCGAUGUGACAGAAGAUGAACUAAGGGAACAUUUCAAGGACUUUACUGUGGAAAAUGUUGAGAUCUUCCACUAUCUGAAGUACACGUUGGCGCUGCUAUUGUUCAAGGACAAAGACACGGCAACGAAAGCUCUCAAGGAUAAGGAAGGUUCUCUAUUCCGUAACCGUCGCUUACGGAUGCAUAUUGAAUACAUCGCCAUCUGGAACAUCAAGAAGAAUGUCUUUGUUACGGUUGUCGAUGAUGACACAACCGAAGAACAAGUUUAUGAUAAAUAUAAGGAUGCAACCGAAAUUACCGGAGUGCUGGUAUUCCACCCAUUGGCUUACGUUUCCUGCAAGACGCAGGAACAAAAGGAAGCUGUCAUCAAGGAGCUCAAUACAGAGGAGGUUACUGUAUACGACGUCACCGGUCAUGAUCAAAAUCAUCACAUUGAAAUCUGGCGUGCUGCCAAGCUGUUCUUCCGCAAUAUGAACCGUGUAUCAUUGAUCAAUCUUCCGGAGAGCUGGGUCUCCAACCAGGAGGAACUGAAGAAGGCCGUCGCCGACACCGGCAACAUGACCGAGGUUAAGGUUAUCAACAAUAGUCAUGGCGCCGUGGCUCAGCUUUUCUACGAAAACGAAGAAACGGCCCGGAAGGCGGCUUUGGAACUCAAUCAGAAAAUUUUCGACGGCAAACGUAUCCACGCCCUGCACGUCACAGCGGCCCUCAUUCCAAACUACGAGACGAGCGUGUAUCUCACUUCGUUAGAAAAAGCCACUUCCGAGGAGACUAUUUACGAUCAUUUCAAACAAUUUGGAGAAAUUGAAUUUGUCAGCCGCCGUAAGUGCGCCGAUGAGCAUGCCGUAAUUUGCUUCAAGGAUGCCAGCGCGGUUGAAAAAGCUCUGGAUUGCAAAGCACUUCCAAUCCCGAAGGCGGACAGCGACAAGGCCGAAGAUAGAACUAUUUCCGUUAAGAAAUACAACGGACCUUUGAUCAUCGAUCUUAAACCCUCGCAUGUGAAAAAGCUUCUGGAAGAUGGCGAGGAAUCAAAAAUGCGCCCACCGCCACUACCGCUGGCUAAGUUGUGGCCAAUUUAUGUAUCCAAUCUUCCGUACACCGCCGACAAGCGGGACAUGAGAGACUAUUUCUCCAGUGUGGGAGGCCACAUUAAGUUCAUCUUUUCUCCGAAUAUCCCAGCCUACAAGACCAGCCAAACGUCCAUGGUAAUGGCUGCGCUGAUUUAUUAUGCACGUCGCGAGCAAGCCACCGACGCUAUCAAGGCAUUUAAUGGCAAACACUUCCAAAACCGUUGUCUUCACGUGUUCCCAGGACGCAAGGACACUUAUUUCAAUCCGGAGACAUCGGUUCGGCUAGUUCGAUUAACAAUUGGUGUCACUGAGGAAAAGCUUUUUGAGAAGUUCCGCAAAUUUGGCUUUAUCGAGUGUGUGGUCAAGCGUAAUCGCAACACCGCCCUCAUCGAGUUCCGCGACAAGGAGAUCUGUGACAAAGUCCUCCAGCUUCCCGAUAGCGAGAAGCCCGUUCGCUGUGGCAUCGAACCAUUGACCGCCAAGGUCAAUCGUAAAAUCUUCAAGGAAAAUGAUGAAAAGAUUUCCCUUGCCAUGCAGGAAAUCAUUGACAAGAAUCCGGCUGUUCUGGAGAAUGUACAAUCGACCAGAUUCAGCGGCCCGCCACCACUGAAGCGUGGACGUUUCAAUGGACCGGAUCCAAAUUUUGGUGGCAACCGCGGUGACUUUAACAACGGAAACGACUUCAGCAAUCCUCAAGUCAUCCAAGAUCUGCUCCGUUUGGCAUUCAUCUCCGGCAAGAACCUGGGCGAGGGCAUCGCCAGCGGAAACAAUAACCCAUUCAACAGUUCAGACUCGCCCCUUUCCGGAUUGAACUUGGCCAACGGGUUCAGUGGUCGCAACUUUGGCGGUGGUUCGAAUAACUUUGGAAACAACCUCGGCAACCGGAACAAUUUUGGAAAUAACCAAAAUAAUUCCGGCAACAGAAAUUUCGUCGGAAAUCAGCAGCAGAACCGAAACAAUACCGGUAACAACGGUUUCGGCGGCGGUGGUGGCAAUCAGAACAAGUUUGGCAAUGCAAACAACCAACAGCAGCAGAACCGCAACCAGAACCAAAACCGCCCGUUGGGGAAUAGACGCUUUUAGAGAGGGGGUCGUCCGUAAACCGUAGAACAACGGCACGCGGGGGCAGCUUCCCAACUCUGUUGUUUCCGAAUGCGACUUCGAUACGGAUGGUCAUUUCGUAGAGCAAAAUCGCUUUCCCCGACUUUUUCCAGCGAGCAGAAAAAUUAUUUAAAACUACAUUGUGUGACCGUAUUUGAAAAUCAUGAUUAAGGACGAAAGAGGCAAUUUGCAUACAUACAAUUUGAUUGAUGACGAUGAAGAUAUAUAAACCACAUUUUCAAUGAUGAUGAUGAUGAUACAAAAUAUUCUUACUUUUACGAUUUAAUGGAUUUUAGACGAUCUUGAUUUGAUAUGUGUAUGAUGAUUAUAGAAUAUACAACAAAGCGUAUUGUAUUUCCACAAAUUGGUAGUUUCAUAAUUGUAAUUACACUUAAGAUUUGAUUUUAUUUAA